CCGCGAUGGCUCCGAGCUGAGAUUUCCCUCCCCUCAGGCGGCGAUGUCCGAGUGCACGGAGCUCGAAUGGGCCGUGCAGGUGCUGGUGAACAAUUUUGACAAAUAUUCGAGCCGCUGCUGCUGCUGCAARAACCCGCGGCGCAUCAGCAAGAAGGAUUUCCGUAAAAUGCUCAGCCGGGAGCUCAACCACAUGCUGACGGACACCGGGAACCGCCGCGCCGCCGAUAAACUCAUCUGCGAUUUGGACGAGAAUAAAGACGGYCGCAUCAGCUUCGACGAGUACUGGACCUUGAUAGGCGGCAUCGCCAGCCCAAUCGCGCAGAUCAUCCGCCAGCAGGAGCACAGCGUUAAAUUCACCAAAUAGCGGAUU